UUAAGCUUGUAAAUUCACCAAAGAAGAAGAAGCAGGUGCAAACACGUAAUUUCCGGGAAGUUACACAACCGUUUUCCCUGAAGACUGAAGAUACAAAGCUACGCGUUCCACGUUAAAUCGAGACAUUUUUCGGCGUGGCCGUGCGGUGUGUUGAUCCGGUGAUCACGUGAGUCGAGCGCGGGCCUCUCCCACCGCGAAAUGAAAAAGAAGAAGAGCUCCGAGAAAAAACGCCAUGUGGUGGCGUGGGCCAACAAAGCCGAGUGGGACCAGGUCCUGGAGUACCUCUACUCCAAGGACUGCGCCCUGCAGAGGUUCGCCCUGCAGAGGGUGUCUGCGUGGAGGGGCCGGUACGCCAACAGCACCCCAGUGGCGGUGGACUGCACAGCGGACCUGGUGAGGUGCCAGGUGCUGGACAGGUCGGGGAAGCUGGACGGAGACGAUCUCGUCCUGCUUUACGGGGCGGGCCUGGUGAGGUUCGUCAAUUUGAUCACGCAGCGACAACAGGGGAAAACAGCCCGUCCCCUGAGGCGGCUGGCUGGGCACCUGAACAUCCCCGAGUGGGUGGUGGACCUGAGGCACGCCGUGACGCACAGGAAGCUCCCAACCCUGGAGUGGUGUCGAAAGGGAUGCACGGUGGUCUUGGAGUGGCUCCAGCAGGCAUACUGGUCCAGGCAGUUGGGAGGGGUGCCCAACGAGGACUGGGAGUCUGAGUCGGAUGGAGAGAAUGAAGAGGCAGACCUGAAAUGCCAGGAGGACGAGCUCCUCGCAAGGCAGGAGGAGAUGGAAGCCUACACGAAUGCCCGGGAGCUUCUGAUAUCGUUUGAAAAGGAGCAGUACCAGGCCUUCGGUGGACAUCCUGAGGACAAAGAGAAGAACUUGUGGCCGGCCCCCUUUGCAGACAUGAGCUGGUUACUCGGCGAGAUCAAGCAGUUUGCUUUGCAGUCAAGUAAUUGGCUGAUUGACGUGUUGCUGGAAGACGGAUUUCUAGUUCCGACUGCAGAACAACUGGAAACGUUGGGCUGCGACCCCUCUGGCGCCGGCGGUGCCACUGAACCCAGACUUCCUCAAGUUUUCCUCCGCUUUUGGCUUCCGCUCCUGAAGGUACUCAACGCACCCCUCUUUAUUCACCUCCUCCUGGAGAAGCUGUUUGUUGAGCUGAAGCUGCUAUCUGAAGAGCAGAAUGCUCACCGGGCUUUCUACAUCUCGGCAUGGAUUUCUGAAAUUAUUGUCUGCAACAGCAACAAAUUUGAAUACCACUAUGAAUCAGAGGGACGGAAGAGGGCUAGAAUGAAGGACAGAGUCUUUGUAAACCGCAUCCAGCUGAGGUGGCAGCAGCUGCUCUCUGCAUGCCUGGAUGCUCCCUGUGUCAGCACCCCUCACUUGCUGCAGCUGAUCCUGGACGAUAUGGAGCAUCCUCUCCCUCUGGAAACCAGACACAGGCUGCUCCAGCUCUGCUCCAUCUACACACGGAGUGCAGACUCUGAGCCCGACACUCCUCUGCAGAAGAAGCAGCCUGUGUACACGCUGGAGAGCUUGCAUGAGAAGCUGCAGCAUUCGCAGUGGCGCUCUGCGGCUGAAGCAGAGAGAAGAGAGUCCUCCCAUGAGAACAAAUGGGCCGAUGUUCAUGCUGAAAAGGCCAAAUUGCUCAGAGGCUCUCCGUGGCAGGUGUGCAACGAUAAGGUGCUGUGGAAGAACUAUCCUCUCGGCAAAGUCCCCGGACAGUCGGAUGACCCUUCGCGCCUCAUGCUGGAAAACUACUCCACAAUGACCGUCUUCGACCAGCCAGUGGAGUUGGAGAGCAACACAAUGCACAAUGCCCCAGGAUCCUCUGCAGCAGGGAGAACAGCUGAUGGCCUUCUUUGGAACCCCAGUGACAUCAAUAAACUGAAAGCUGGACUGCAACUUUUUUGAUUCAUAAUGAAGCUGUGAAAUCAACUCCUGUAGCUGUCAACACAGCAAUAAACUUAUUUUCUAGGUUAUUUUGCAACUUGCAGAGAAGAGACAAAAUACUUAAAAUAGGUCAAUGUUAGUACUAGGUUGAGGUAAGAAAUAUGGAAAGUAAAUUGAUUAGUUGUCAUUCACCAGCUGAACAGUCACAGGCUCAGCAUCUUAAAUGUGAUCAAUUGUUGCUUUUCAGCUUUCAUACCAUGAAGAAUAGCAACUGUUUCUAUCACAUUGUUACUGAAAAGUAGUCCGUAUACUGGCCCUGAUAAAAAGGAAAAAUGCAUUUCAGUUGAAAAUCCACCAGAAAAAUAUUGUUUUAAGCACAGGGUGAUUUUGUGUAAUACAUUUUCUUUUGUGCACUUGCAGUUAAUAAAAACUUUCUAAUCAAAGCA